CAGGCAGGCUGGGCCCUGCUCUCCCCACAGGUCAUUGGGCUGCAGCUCGAGAGCCAGGAGGACAGCCGUGCGCGUCAGCUGCCUGGGCUGCCUUAAACCCACCAGGCAGCCCAGCCCUGGUGGGGCUUCCUCCCCAGCUGAGCAGCCAUGGCCAGACCCCAGAAGGGCCCCCGGCUGCUGCUGGCCAUCGUAGGGGCCCUGGUGGCCCUCAGCUACCAAACAAAGAAGAAGAGCUUCAUCCACGUCCAGGAGCUGCCUGUGUCCGAUCCCUUCGUGGUCACCGCCCUGGAUUUUGUGAGCAAGGAGUUCAACAAGAAGAGUGAGGACAAGUACAAUUUCCGGAUCGUGCGUGUCCUUAAGGCCGUGCAAGUGCUGACCAACCACAUAGAGUACCGCCUGAACCUGGAGAUGCAAAGGACCGUCUGCCCCAAGGCAGAGAGGAACAACUGCACCUUCCAGGAAGGGGAGCUGUACAAGAAAAUCGAUUGCUUCUUCUCAGUGUUUGCUGUCCCCUGGUUUGAAAAGUAUAAAAUUCUGACCAAAAACUGCACCGAUGGCUAGGUGUCCCGGAGCUCGGCGGGCAGUCUCCGUGUGUACAAGUGUCCUGCACCAAGAAGGGGCUCU